AUGGCGCUUAUCGACGAAUUGUUGGAAGAAGCAGAAAAGGCAGUGAGUGGUAAAGACAAGUUUUUUGUUCGAGCAAAUUACACAACACGUUCUCGUUCUUCCGAUUAUUUAUCAAAUGCAUUCGAUCGAGUGAUCACUUUUGUUAAUGAUAUCCAGGAUAAACCGAUCCCCAUUCAGAUCUGUAUUGGAUCUACUGCUGGCUGAGAGACAUCUAUCAUUAUCAUUAUCAUCAUCGCUAGUCAGAUGGACCAAACCUAUGAGCGUGCGGCAAAUAUGAUUGCCACAAUAAAACCAUAUAUUCAUUACGUUGUACUUCCUGUCGGUCUUUACGCUGCUAGCCGUUUUCUCUGUUCCUUGAUACCUGGACCGCAUCAUCGCUCGAAACUUGAUCUACGCGAUCGUGCUGUAUUAAUCACCGGAGCUAGUUCGGGUCUUGGUCGAGAAUUAGCAAUUUGUUUUUAUCGAAAGGGUGCUAAAGUUAUUUUAACAGCACGCAGUAUUGAUAAGCUGAAAGAACUGUGUGAAGAAUUGAAGUCAUUGCCAGAUGUCAUCAAUAGGAAUGAACCAGUUUAUAAAUAUCUGGAUAUUAGUGAUCCAAAUGGCGUUGUGGAACUCGUCUCGCUUGCAACGAAUCAACGAAUUGAUGUUCUUGUUAACAAUGCUGGUUUAAGUAUGCGUGGAAGUUGCAAAGAUACACCGAUGGAUAUACAUCGGCAGAUAAUGGAAGUGAAUUACUUUGGUCAUGUUGCGGUAACCAGAGCAUUACUUGAUUAUAUCCCUGAAGAUGGAGCAGUUGUGUAUAUAAGUAGCGUACAAGGGCGCAUUGCUGUACCAUAUCGAAGUUCUUAUUCAGCUAGUAAACAUGCUGCUCAAGCUUUUUUCGAUUGUUUACGAACUGAGGAACGAUUUAAGACGCAGAUUCUCGUUGUAAGUACAACUUAUAUGAAUACGAGCUUUGGGCGUCAUGCUCUUACUAUAGAAGGUAAACCGAUAGAUAAGGAUGACCCUAACCAAGAAAAGGGGCUCACGCCGAGUUAUGUCGCGGAAUGCAUCAUAAAUGCUCUCAUAAACCGAAACACAGAAUUGAUUCUUGCACCAUUAAAUCAUCGUUUCGCUAUCUUUCUGCGUUGGUUCUACCCUACUCUUUUCUUCUAUGUUAUGUACCGGAGAGGUCUUAAAGAUAAAAGCGUAAAAAAUAAGUAA